ACCCUGCUCUGUCCCUGUGCUCGUGUGUCACGCAGCUGCGCACCUCCUCCCGGGGCGCCGUUGUUUCAUUUGCGCCAUUUUGUCCGCUCACUUUGUUGAUUGGGCUUUAGCGAGCUGUACUGGAGCCAAUCAGAGGGAAACCGGACAGCGAAGAUACGAGAGGAGGAUUGUGACAACAAUAAGCUAUGGAGCAGUACACCACUGCCACCACUACUACUGGGGAGCAGAUAGUUGUGCAGACUGCCAAUGGACAGAUCCAGCAGCAGACACAGGGCACAGUGACGGCUGUGCAGCUGCAAACAGAGGCGCCAGUGGUGACGGCCUCAGGCCAGCAGGUGCAGACACUCCAGGUAGUCCAGGGGCAGCCUCUGAUGGUCCAGGUGAGCGGUGGGCAGCUCAUCACAUCGUCAGGGCAACCCAUCAUGGUGCAGGCCAUGUCAGGGGGUCAGGGGCAAACCAUAAUGCAGGUCCCUGUAUCUGGAGCUCAGGGACUACAGCAGAUCCAGCUGGUGCAGCCAGGUCAGAUCCAGUUACAGGGUGGUCAGACUCUCCAGCUUCAGGGCCAGCAGGGUCAGCCCCAGCAAAUCAUCAUCCAGCAGCCCCAGACAGCCAUCACUGCUGGGCAGAACCAGGGGCAGCAGAUCAGCGUGCAGGGUCAGCAGGUGGCACAGACAGCUGACGGUCAGACCAUCGUUUACCAGCCUGUCAAUGCAGAUGGUACCGUCCUGCAGCAGGGAAUGAUCACAAUUCCAGCUGCCAGCUUGGCCGGCGCCCAGAUUGUACAGGCAGGGGGUGCCAACACCAACACCACUAACAGCGGCCAAGGCACUGUGACCGUCACCCUGCCCGUCUCCGGCAACAUGGUCAAUGCAGGUGGAAUGGUCAUGAUGGUACCUGGAGGUGGUGGAGUUCCCACAAUGCAGCGUAUCCCCCUGCCAGGGGCUGAGAUGCUUGAGGAGGAGCCUCUCUAUGUCAACGCCAAACAGUACCAUCGGAUCCUGAAGCGACGACAGGCCCGAGCCAAGCUGGAGGCUGAGGGCAAGAUCCCCAAAGAAAGAAGGAAAUACCUGCAUGAGUCUCGCCACCGUCACGCUAUGCAGCGUAAGCGAGGAGAUGGAGGACGUUUCUUUUCCCCUAAGGACAAAGAGGAGAUGGCUCUGGCCCUGUCACAGCAGCAGCAGGACGUAGCCCAGGCAGCAGCAGAUGAGACGGUGGCUCAGAUGAUACGAGUCUCAUAGCACUGUCGCCAACAUCAUCACUACGCGGCCGGACACUCUUCAUCCCAGCUAAACCAUCUGCCCUACCCUCUCCUCUCACUUCUCCUCCUUCCUUCCCCGCCGUCACACACCAAACGAAAGAUCCACCGUUGGGUUUCUUCUCUUAUCUCUCCACUUCUAUACUGGUCUUCCAGGGAGCUGGCCAUGUGACUGCUGAGCCUGUGAACUGUUCUGGUCUUCUUCUCUGAAAUGGAGGAUGCUUCCAUGCUCAGCUUUACUGGUCAAGCACUUAGGACUAGCUUUUUUUUAUUUUCAUGCUUUGUUUGGACAUUAAUGAAACAUGAAGUCAUUGGUAACCAGGGUCUGUCACACAGAGGAAAUGACAGCUGUGAAGCCAUACUCUGUCAGACCCUGGUCUGUUUAAAAACAGGAGAAUUUGUCACUAGUGGAUACUUGCUUUAAAUAUUUUUUGUAAAUGGUACAGAUUUUUUUUUCAGAGACACUCGUUAAGUGUUGAUGCAACACUAGUGUCCUUUAUUUUUUAUGUGACGCCCCAUAUUUUGACAUUUCAUUUUUUUCAACCCAUGUUUUAUGGGGGAUAGACUUAUAAUCAUAAGUACAACCUGCAUCCACUGAGCAAAAACUGUAAUGUGAAGAUGUUGUACAGAAAUUCUUUUCUUCCCCAGUGUGUAUUGGAUGUACUUACUAAUUCUGUGGAUGCAUUUUAUACAAUUUGUAGUUAGACUUAGUGUUUGUAGGAAAAAAAUGGUUCAAUGUUCUAUCCAUAUAGUCACUUCUUCAUCAGUCAGUCCACCUAAGUGUUUGGUUUUUUUCAUUGUAGAUAAUAGAUUUUUUUUUUUUUACCCGUAAGAUGCAGUCCUGCAAUGUUAUUUUUUUAAUAAUGAAAAAGGUUGGACAUUGAAUUCAUGAAACCUCUGUCAAUUAAAUUUUAUUAAGUGACUCAA